AUGGGUUCUCCAAGGCCAGCUGGGCCUUCUGCAUCCGCAUACAGGGACGUACAGGUUGGGAAUUUGGGUCAACAGGUUGGUUCUGGGUCAAAACUUGAUUUUCUUUUGUUUUUAGGUAAUGAACAACAUUUUGUUAAUUGUUUUUAUGUUUUGAGAGCACCAAAUUGGAUGUGCAGGACGUGGUAGUGAUAUUUGCGGUGGUUUCGGCUGUUUUGGGAGCUCUUUUGUUGAUCUCCUUCGUCUGCAUCUUCUACUUGAACAAAUGCCUGAAACGGCUGAGAAUGAAGCAUGAGGAACUGGUUGCUACUCACAAUGGGGCACGGUAAGACUCUUGCAUUAUUCUUAUGUCAUUUUUAGGGCCUAUUUAUUUCAUUAUCACCGAGUUUUCAUCGAUAUUAUUUUAGGCAAGAGUUGGAUAACUUGUGGAUGCGACUCAAGAACGUUGAAGACUCUGGCGGCCAUAAACGCCGUUGCACUGUGACCUUUUCGUCCUCCGUUCCGCAAGGCGAGGGUACGAACCGGAUGAGUCGAGCCGCGUCCACCACUUCCAGCCUCGUUUACCAUGACGCGCAUGAUGAUUGGAUGGCGACGGAGGCGUUUCUCAACGAACAUCAAGCCGCGUUUGGGAAUGGCGCAACGAAGACGGUAGGUUGCGAAUUUUUAUGCAAUUUUUUCGGUCUUAGAAUCCAUAUUCCCGCUUCGAUCAUCUCCAUGAAACCGGACAACAUCACGAAUUGAAUCAAGAGCUGAAAGAGUUGUUGGAGGACGAUCCGAAUAACAUUGAAUUAUUGUGGCGUUAUGCCCGCUCUUGUCAUGCGUUGGGUUACAAGUUCGGAAAGGACAAGCGUAUGAUCCAAGAGGGCUAUAAACACGCAAUGCUUGCCUACGAAAUGGAUGAUGGACAUUUCGAUGUUCUCCAAUGGACCGCCGCCCUGAGUGGAUCGCUCACUGACUUCUUGGGAACGAAAGAGCGAAUUCAAGAGGGAUUCAAGUUCAGGGUAGGAGAUUUAUUCGAUUUUUUUUUAUUGUUUUAGGAGUAUCUGAACAAAGCGCUGGCGAUAAAGCAUGACGACUGGUCAUUGCUCCAUAUGAGAGGCCGUUUGGCCUACAAUAUUGCAAAUUUGACUUGGGUGGAGCGCAAAGCGGCUGCCACUUUCUUCGCCGACCCGCCCACCGCCACCAUGGACGAAGCGAUCGAGGACUUCUUGGAGGUAAGGAUAAGAUAAUUUAGUGUCCAAAAUAAAACCCAAUGUCUUCUACGCCACAUUUUCACAAGUUUUGUGACCUAUUAGUAUCAUUUUUUCCUUUGGAUUGUUCCAAUUUUGCAUUAUAUUCACCUUGAUUAUAUUACACUUGAUCUGUUCAGGUGGACAAAAUCCGUGCCGAUUGGGCCGAAAACCUCUACUAUCUGGCCAAAUCCUAUCAAGCCAAGGGCGACAAGGCGGCGGCCAAGGCCAUUGUGAACCGACUGAUCAAUGUGGAGCCCAUCGAUCAGUCCGAUCGGAAUUUCAUCGAUGAAGCCAAGAAAUUGAGCAAAUCUCUCUGA